CCACGCAAUGAUCCCUUUUAUUAGUUUUGAAGAUAAUUUCUGUUCUCUGUGCCCCACCAAAUUUCAGUCAUUUUCAGUUGUCUCCACUUGAACUGGUGCAAUCAGAAACACUUUCGUCUUUAUAAUAAACUCCUCCUCGGAGCGAGUGAAUGAAUAUUAAGCAUCUUCUCAUGCUUAGCAAAUUGCAUUCACCAGAAUUUCCUUCAGAAAACCACCAUGAGGGAAUUGGGUGUGGUUGCUCUCCUUUUAUCCAUAGAGUUCUUGGAUGUGAUUGUUUACACUCUAAGCAAAGCAGCCAUGAAGAAGGGCAUGAAUGAUUUUGUGUUCGUCAUGUACUCCAAUGCCUUGGCAUCUUGCUUACUUCUUCCCAUAACCUUAUUCUUUCACAGGAAAAGAGCUCCUCCGCCACUCACUUAUUCCGUUGUUGGCCAAAUAUUUUUUAAUGGCGUGUUAAGUUGUAGUGUUCAGAUGCUCAGGUUUUUUGGAAUCGGUUUCAGCUCUCCUACUUUAGCAACUGCAAUGUCUGACUUAAUCCCUGCUUUUACCUUCAUACUGGCCAUCUUCUUCAGGAUGGAAAAAUUGGAUUGGAAAACUAACAGCACACGGGCCAAGUCCAUCGGGACAUUUGUAUCAAUCACUGGAGCCUUGUUAAUUACUCUGUACAAAGGCAAGGCAAUCAUAAAUAAUCACCCAUCUAAUAAAUUGUUUCCCAAAAACCUUGUUUCAUCUGAGCAAUUUGAUUGGGUAAUUGGAGCAAUGUUGCUUGUGGGUCAUAGCUUUGUUCUCUCAUUGUUGUUUAUAGUUCAGACAUGGAUAAUCAGAAAUUACCCUGCAGAGCUUAUUGUGGUACUCAUUCGCGGUAUAUUAGUAGCUCUACUAUCCGUUCCAGCUUCUCUGAUUUCAGUUAAGGAUUCAAGGGCUUUGAAAUUGGGAUUUGAUGUGCAGUUGAUAGCUAUUAUAUGUCAAGCAAUUUUCAGCGUAUCCUUUCGAAGUGUUGUUCAUAUAUGGGUGAUGGGAAAGAAGGGCCCUCUCUAUGUUGCAAUGUUUAAGCCAAUUGGAAUAGUGUUUGCGGCUAUAAUGGGAAUUUCGUUUCUGGGUGACUCUCUAUAUCUUGGCAGUGUGCUUGGAGCAGCCAUAGUGGUGAUUGGUUUUUAUGGUGUUCUUUGGGGGAAAAGCCAAGAGAGAACAAAGGAAGAGAGUGAAGAUCAUACGUUGGAAUCAUCCUCGCCCGUUGCCCCUCUUUUGCAGAACAAGAGAAUGGAAGAAUAGAAUCAUCCCAUCCCAGUGAUAAUGAUUUUUGACAAAUGCUGAAUUUAUGAGCACUUACAGAUAUCUAAUAUUUUGACGGCAGAAUGAAAAAAAAAAUAUAUAUAUAUAUAUAUAUAUAUAUAUAUAUAUAUAUUAUGGCAGACUGAAAAAAUAAAAUAUAUUUUUUUCAGUCUAAUUUGAUAAGAUAACAUGGGUCUGUUUUUGUUCAAAGCAUUGGCCCCUUGAUUUGCAGCACUGCACCUUUGAUAGUCUCUUGCUUCAGAUCUUCAUUUCUUGAGUAUCAAUAUGACCCGUUUAAAUUGUCACUGCAUUUACUGUUUUUGAAUUA